AGCUGAAGCUGUAGAGCCUUUCAUAAUCAUAUCCUUUUAUUUUUUAUGGUUUGUUUGAAUUUGAUCUCUGUAGCUGAUUCCAUGCAUUGAUAAUGAAGGCUUGGGUUGCCUGAUUCUCAGCAUAAAUUCAGGCAGACUUCUACUUUGACAGUGCUCUGUGUUUCGGUAGGCAUGAAGAUACAGAACUGAAAUUGCUUUGCUUUCUUUACAAAUGACUCAGAGUGUGCUUGUCCUUCCCUAAAAUGUUGCCAGCGUGUGAAGGAUUUUCAAUGAGCAGUGCAAUAAGCCGGCAUCUGGGAAGGUUUGAGGCUGCUCUGGUGUAGCAGCGAACUGUCACACAGAUGACUGGGGCUGGAGCCAACACUCUGUAGCACCGUAGAUCAUAUUGGUCACAUACUGGAAGUUUUGUUUAUGUAACUUGGUUGCUGUUUAACCUGCUUAAAUACUAUUGCCAUAAUGUGGAGUGGGCUUCCCAGUAGAGUAUUAAAAGUAACUAAAUAUGUGGCAAGCUCCCUUUCCUUGCUUGCUGUUUGCAGAGGGCAUCUUUCCAGCACUACUACACUUCCCACCCUUGUGCGCACACCUACCUUGAUGAUGCAGCCUUCCCUGGAUAUCAAACCCUUUAUGUCCUUCCCUGUGGACAGCAGCUCUGCUGUUGGAUUCUUCCCAAAUUUUAACACAAUGGAUCCUGUGCAAAAAGCAGUCAUAAACCAUACCUUUGGAGUGUCCAUUCCCCCAAAGAAGAAGCAAGUAAUUUCCUGUAAUGUCUGCCAGCUUCGUUUUAACUCUGAUAGCCAGGCCGAGGCCCACUACAAAGGAAGUAAACAUGCCAAGAAGGUCAAAGCACUAGAGGCAACGAAAAACAAACCCAAAGUUGGUACUUCCAAGGACAGCGCAAAGGUUAACACGGGCUGCUCCACCACGCCAGUCACAACCAACAUCUCUGACAAAUCAGAAGAUAAAGGGAAAGAAAAACCCAACAGCGCAGGUCAGCAGUCCAAUACAGAAGUGGAUCCUUUUCUUCCCAAACCUGGAGUGACACCUGAAGCACCUGCCUCAUCCUCCAAGAGCACAAACGGAGCUGCUAACACAGUUACUGAGUCAGAAGAGGAAAAAGCCAAAAAACUACUUUACUGUUCAUUAUGCAAAGUGGCUGUGAAUUCCCUUUCACAACUAGAAGCCCACAAUACAGGCUCCAAGCACAAGACCAUGGUUGAAGCUCGGAAUGGUGCUGGUCCCAUCAAGUCUUACCCUAGGCCUGGAUCCCGAGUGAAGGUGCAGAAUGGCAGUAAAGGCUCAGGACUGCAGAACAAGACGUUCCAUUGUGAAAUCUGUGAUGUCCAUGUUAAUUCAGAAAUUCAGCUUAAACAGCACAUUUCCAGCCGAAGGCAUAAGGACAGAGUUGCAGGAAAGCCUAUGAAACCUAAAUAUAGUCCUUACAACAAACUGCAGCGCAACCCAAGUAUUUUAGCAGCAAAACUUGCAUUCCAGAAGGACAUGAUUAAGCCGCUGGCACCUGCUUUCCUCUCAUCUCCUCUUGCUGCAGCUGCAGCUGUAUCAUCAGCUCUGUCCCUCCCUCCCCGGCCCUCAGCAUCCCUGUUCCAGGCACCAGCAAUUCCUCCAGCUCUCCUCAGGCCAGCCCAUGGGCCCAUCCGGGCAACGCCUGCCUCCAUACUCUUUGCACCAUACUAAUUUAUUGAUGUGAAAAAGAGAUAAAUAUGGCCAGUACAAAGGGUAAAGGAAAGCAGGAAAGGGGUUGAAAUUUAAAAACGUUUCUCUUUUGUGAUGCCAUCCAGCGUGACACAUCAUCCAACCGCAUCAUAAAAUCCGUCACUGGCAGCACUGCGUUUUGGAGUCUAGACAACUCUGUCUUCACUCCAUAUCUAUUUUUUAAAUCAAAAUAGUGUGAUUUGCUUAAAAAUUAAAUUGAUCAUAAAAUUUAUACCAUUAAAGAUUCAUGCAUCUAUUCAUUUUUUUCUUUUCUUUUUUUUUUUUUUUCUUUCCAAUUUGUAUGAUGCACCUUGGAAUCAAGGAACAUAAACUAUUUUCCUGGCAGACUUGAAAACUAGGGUCUUCCUCACUCACACCUAUGUAAAUACUCCUCUGAAAAGCAACGGGGUAUAAUCUAAUGUGGAAAAAAGGAACAGGCAGAUGAACUAAAUGCUUGAUUGCAGAUAACAUCUCAAAAAAUAAUUGCAUCCAUUCUUUUUGUGUGCUCUUGUUGACAGGGAUUGUGUGCUGUCCUAGACCCCAGUACUGGUGUAUCUUGUGUAGUACAACAGAUGUACCAUGUCUGAUUUUAAUAUUUUAGUUUCUGUGAAAAUGUUUGAAAGCAAUGCAAUGCUGAAGCUUUUAAUUAUUUCUUUUGUGUCAUACUUUAUUUAGAGAAAUCAAAAAUAGAAAGCCAUAUUAACAUAGAGUUAAGAUUACUGCUUGUUUGCUACUUUCAUUUAACUUAUUUUUGUUGUUUCUUCACUGGUGUUGUUAAGCAAUGUUUAAAGAGAAAAAAAGCUUUUCAACUGCACAUUGCCACAGCUCACAUGCGUUGUUCAAGAAGACAAUGGAUCCAUGUGUUUGUACGUAAAUAUCCUGUUUUCUUAAUUUCUAACUAGUUUCCUUUGUAACAAUGCUGCAUAACAUUGUGGCUCCCUAAUGCAAUAAUGUACAGAACAUAAAAUAUUUAUAACUGACCAUAUUCUCUGUUUACUGAAUAUAUUGCAGUAAUGUCCCACCCAUCUUCUUACCUCCCCAACCCUUUUAUAAAGGUGAAUCAAUAUGCAGUGCUCAGACUGGAGUCAUUAUGUGAUAAUGGGGACUACAGGUGGAAGAAAGGGAAAAAAAAAAGAGAGAAUUAACUUUUAGAGCAUCUUUAUCAGCAAUCCAUAAUAGUAAGAUGUCUGUGUAUUUUUUUAAAUGUACCUUUUCAAUAAAAU